AAUAAUACACAAAAGAAAAAGAAAAAAAAAGUGAAUGAGAGGCAAUAGACGUUGUAAGUCGCAUCUUCUUUGCUUCGCUUCUCGCCAUUGUUGCUCCUUCAACUUCAUCUUCAGCUUCAGCUUGAAUUAUUCGGUAGAGAGAGAAAUCAAGAAGUGUGGAGCUCAUAAUUAGAAGUCAUGUUAUGCUUUUCAACAUUGACAGCCAUUGUUUUGGAAAAUCAAGAUUGGUUUUCGCAGGUGUUACUUUGUUAAAUCUGUAUAAGCACGCUUUCUGGCAUUGAACCAUGCCGCGCAAAAUUAAUACCGGAGUUGAUUAUUACGAUGACUUUGAAGAUUAUGAUUAUGAUGAAUAUGACUAUGAUGGAGAAGAGAAUGUUGAAGUUGUACAGUCAACGCCAGAAAGUAAAAGGCCUGGGAUUUGGAGUUGUUCAAUUUGCACUUAUGAUAAUGAAGAAAGUAUGUCUGCUUGUGAUAUAUGUGGGGUUCUUCGCAAUCCUUUGCCCAAGAAAACAGAUCUCUUUCAUGCAGUUGAAGGCAUAUGCAAACAUGCUGAAGCAUCCCUAAUGGCCAAGUCUCUUUUUGCAUCACUGCCGCAUCAGACACCCAAAACUGUAUUAUUUCAACCGCAGAAAGAUGGUUUUGAGACUGACAAUGGCAAUAACUUCCACAAGCUUGGGAAAUUCCAAGGACAUAUGCAUGAAUUGCAUAAGAUUUUUUGUACUUGUAACUAUCACAAGAUUAAUAUAGCUCCUUUCAAGUUUGAUAGUCCAUCUCCAGAUGAUUUGGUUUCAUAUGGAUUGCGUUCAUCCAAAAUGGGUUCCAAAGCCAAUAUUAUUGAUUUAAAGACAUCAAAAUUUUCUUCAGCUGUCAUUGAGGUCACAGCUGCUCGUAAUGAACAAUCAAGUGCUCGAAAGACAGAUAGCUUGUUCUCGAUGAAGGAUAAGAAGAAUGAAGUACAGAAAGAGACAGUUAAAAUAAGAGGAAGUGCUAACAUUUCUGAUGUCUCAUCUGAUUCUUUUGCGAGAGGUAACCACGGAUCUGUGGGGGAGGCCAGUUACAAAGUAAGUGAUACUGCUGAUGUAGAAUUGGUUAAUAAAGGGAUGGACAGUUCAUCUUCUUCAAAACCAAAAAGCAGACAGAGUAACAUGGAUGAGAACAUUAAUUCUUCAGAGAAUAGAGGCAAGUCAGAAAGUCUUGCCAGUAAUGUAAAUAACAUGACUUUGGAUGGUAGGACUGGAAAGUCAAAUAAUGUAAAUUCUAGAAAGGCCCAUUCACAGAUGCAGUAUAAACCUGAAAAGUGGAUGCUUCCUGAUCAAGCUAAAGACACACUGAUUCAGUUGAAUCUUGCCAUCGUUGGUCAUGUUGAUUCAGGGAAAUCAACACUCUCUGGAAGAUUGCUACACCUUUCAGGUCGGAUAUCUCAAAAACUAAUGCACAAAUAUGAAAAAGAGGCCAAGCAACAGGGCAAAGGGUCCUUUGCUUAUGCUUGGGCAUUGGAUGAGAGUGCUGAAGAAAGGGAGAGGGGAAUAACUAUGACAGUGGCUGUUGCUUAUUUUGAUUCCAAGAAGUAUCAUGUUGUUGUGCUUGACUCCCCCGGUCACAAAGAUUUUGUUCCAAACAUGAUCUCUGGAGCAACACAAGCUGAUGCUGCAAUUCUUGUAAUAGAUGCUUCGCUUGGUGCAUUUGAAGCAGGCAUGGACACUAUGAAGGGGCAGACACGAGAGCAUGCCCAGCUAAUUAGAAGUUUUGGUGUUGAACAAAUUAUAGUUGCUGUUAACAAAAUGGAUAUUAUUGGAUACUCCAAGGAUCGGUUUGAGUUCAUUAAACAACAGCUUGGGACGUUUCUCCGCCUUUGUGGGUUUAAAGAUCCUUGUGUAUUUUGGAUUCCACUGAGUGUAAUGGAAAAUCAAAAUUUGGUUGCGGCGCCAUCUGAUGCACGUUUCUCUUCCUGGUAUCGAGGACCUAACUUGUUGGAUGCAAUUGAUUCCUUCCAACCACCCUCAAGAGAUUUCUCAAAACCUCUGCUCAUGCCUAUAUGUGAUGUCAUCAAAUCUGCUUCACUUGGGCAGGUUUCUGCCUGUGGUAAACUGGAAGCUGGAGCUCUUCGGACCGGCUUUAAGGUUCUGGUUAUGCCUUCCGGAGAGGUAGGAACUGUGCGAUCCUUAGAACGCGAUUCUCAGGCUUGCUCAAUUGCAAGAGCUGGAGACAAUGUUGCAGUCAGUCUUCAAGGCAUUGACGGAAGCAAUGUGAUGGCUGGUGGGGUGCUAUGUCACCCUGAUUUUCCAAUUUUUGUAGCAAAACAUUUAGAAGUGAAGGUUCUUAUUUUGGAUAUUACAACUCCAAUAUUAGUUGGUUCUCAGUUGGAGUUUCACAUACACCACGUGAAGGAGGUGGCUAGAGUUGUAAAGAUACUGUCGCUGCUCGAUUCAAAGACGGGCAAGGUGGCAAAGAAGGCCCCUCGUUGUCUUACUGCGAAACAGAGCGCUGUUGUUGAGGUGGUUUUGCAGGGACUAGUUUGUGUAGAUGAAUUCUCAAGUUGCAGAGCUCUUGGAAGGGUGUUUCUAAGAGCACUAGGACGAACUGUAGCUGUCGGUAUAGUAACAAGAAUUAUUGAGUAGAGUACCAUUUUUGAUGUAUUUUACUUUGCUUUACUAUUUACACAAAUUCCGUCUGUAUCAUUUACCCUAAUCAUUUAUAUUUCUUUUUCACACA